UGUUUUAGCUAAUGGAAUAAGUUGUUGGUAUUUGAAAUGCAUGAGAAACUGUGCUUUGGUUUCCUAUAUAUUCUAAGCCUCCGAACGCAUUGCUAUAUGAACAAAGGUCUCUGGAAUUCUUGGCUUCACAACUUUACCAAAGGAAAAAAAAGUAAAGAGAGGUAAUAAUAUAGGCCAAUGGGAUUUCUAAAUAUCUUCAUUGUAGCACUGAUGCCCGUUCUUAAGGUAAUAUUGAUGACUGGGAUUGGCUUCUUCAUUGCUUUGGAUCGCAUAAAGCUCUUGGGGCCUGAAGCAAACCACCAUCUGAACAAUAUUGUAUUCUAUGUGUUAAGUCCUGCAAUUGCCGCCUCCAGCUUAGCUGAAUCGAUCACUUUCCAAAGUUUCAUUACAUUGUGGUUCAUGCCAUUGAAUAUUCUGCUCACAUUCGUCUUCGGUUCAAUACUGGCUUGGCUUCUCAUCAAAAUCACUAAAACUCCUAAACAUUUUCGGGGCAUUGUCAUUGGUUGCUGUUCUGCCGGAAAUCUAGGGAAUCUGCCUUUGAUUAUGGUUCCAGCAGUGUGCGAGGAGCCAAAUAAUCCAUUUGGAGAUCCAUCUGUUUGUUCCUUACUUGCUAGGCCAUAUGCUUCACUAUCUUUAGCGAUGGGAGGGAUAUUAAUAUGGUCAUACGUGUUUGGUAUGAUGCGGCUGUAUACAAAUGAAGGCACUGAAAAUGAGACCCCUUCUGAAACAGUUGCAGUGAGUUCCACUGAAUUAGCUGUUCUUCCUUCAACCAAUGCCCAUACCAUUUCAAUGCAUCCUACCCCUUCCGAUGCCAAAAUCAUAAAGAUGUCAGCUUGGAAGAAAAUAAUGCAGCAGAUGAAGAUCAUUUCCAAAAAGGUUGACCUAAAGAAAGUAUUUGCACCUACAGCAGUAGCUGCGAUUGUUGGGUUUAUAAUCGGGAUAGUGUCUCCAAUCCGAAAACUAAUGAUUGGAAACAGAGCUCCACUUCGUGUAAUUGACAGCACUGCAUAUAUGUUCGGGGAGGCAGCAAUUCCAUGUAUGACCUUGAUAAUGGGAGCAAACCUUUUGAGAGGUCUAAAAGGAUCGGAGGUGAGUCGAAGUGUGAUAAUAGGGAUAAUAGCAGUGAGGAGCAUAUUGUUGCCGGCGUUGGGGAUCGGUGUGGUUAUGGCUGCUCGCAAUUGGGGGUUGAUUGCAUCAGAGAAUAAGUUAUAUCAAUUCGUUCUUAUGCUUCAAUUUGCUGUUCCACCUGCAAUGGCAGUAGGUACCAUGACACAAUUUUUUCAGCUGGGUCAAUGUGAAACAUCAGUGAUAAUGCUUUGGACUUAUGUAGUAGCAGCACUCUCCCUCACACUUUGGUCUACCUUCUUCAUGUGGAUUCUGGCUUAACUAGUAUUUGUUAGCACAAAAAAAAGGAAAAAGGGUUAACUUUCCUAAAUGGGGUAGAAUAUUUCUAGCUUUGUGUAUGUCAAGGUUUUGAUGUAUAGGAUAUUAGAAGUUGGAUGUUAACUAAAUUUGAUGUAACGGAAAUUGAAGAGUUUUGAUCAUAUAUAUAUAUAUAACUUAUAUUUUGUUGUUCA